ACAUCCAGUCCUGUCAGAGCAGAGAGCAUCACACUCCCUGACCGGACUCCAAGCAGCCCGACGUUCCCUGAACGCCUCAUCAGUUCACUGCAUUCACUCUGCACCCGAUCCAGCAGCUGAUCCAGCCUUCAGACAGGAGAAGAAGAGACGUCAGGGGGGGGGCAGAGAGUCAGACCAGCAGGCAAGCUGCUGCUGCAGGCGGAAGAAGAGCGGGCGAUGCACCAGCCAAAGCCAGAGGUCAAGAAGAAAAGAGCCAGAGUGGUGAAAAGGUAGAGCGACAAAGAGGAGGGUCAGCCGUGAUCUGAAGCAGAAGCGAUGUGAACAGGAGGAGGCGGCGAGAAACAUAAGAAAUGCUCUCAGAGAUCAUGUGUAGGAGGAUCUUCCAGCAGCAAAGGCGGCAGGACGAGAAGCUGAGGGACGCCGACGUCCGCAGGAAGAGCGGCGAGACGCCCGGCUGGACGGCCGGCUGGAGCAAGAGCUGCAGCGGCCGCCUGCAGAGCCGGAGGCAGGGGGGGCCCAGGGCGCGCCUGCCCCGCCAUAAGCCCCGCCCCCAUCGCCCGCAGCGUCCCCGCAGGCUGCUGCGGUCCCUGCGUCCGGUCAACAUCCAGGGCAAGGGGGCCCGGGGCAUGCAGGCCCCCCAGAACACCAACCAGUUUCUGAUGCAGGAGAAGUACCAGAUGCAGCAGCUGCGCUCCGACUCGGUGGGUGGCGACAGCGGCUGCAGCUCCGACAGCGACCUGGAGCUCACCGACAUGGACUCAUACCUGGGCGUCCUGGAGAACGCCAGGGGCGGCCUGUUGGACGGCCCCGAGCCGCCGCCGUCGCCAGGACCACCGGGGCCGCGCGUCUUCCUGCAGGAAGACAGCGUCCAGUACGUCCCCUCGGAGGACGACUUGCAGCUGAGCCACAACUUCAUGCAGAGGGACUUCGCUCAGUUCUGUGACUUCCUGGCAGCGUGAGGACGACCUUGUGACCGUAGGAGGCGCUGUUGCAUUUUAACGCAAUGCUUAAAAAAGGGGGAGAGGGGGGCAAACACAAAAGAAUAAAAUACAAAAAUAAAACAAACAACAAAUAAACAAUAAUAUCUGAUCACUAAUAUUAUGACAACCUUUGGAAAUAUUUACAUAGACUUGUCACAAAAACCAAUUUUGCUGGAUGAUAAAUUGUCCUAGAAGUUAUUGCGAUAAACGAUAAUAUUGUUACUAUAAAACCAUUUUCAAGUAUUUUAAUACUAAUGGCAUAAUAAUGCAAGGACACAUUCUCAAAGAUUAAAUUCUAAUGAAUAUUUAACACCAGAACUGAAAGACAUUUUAAAUAUCCAAAAUAAACAAACAAGACAACAGAAGCAGCAUCUGAAAUAAUUUAUGAAGUGUGUAAAAAAUAUUGUCCUUCACAAAAGAGAGACUUUUGUCACCCAGUGUUUGGUAGAAAGAGAGAAAAUGGAAUUUUAAUUUAUUGUGUGAUAAAUUGAUUUAUUGCAACACAAAACAAUUAAAUAUUUGAGUAGUAGAGUUUAGUAUUUUACUAUAAGUUACAGUUGGUCAGUUUCUGAUAAGAGCUUUCAUAUUCAGUGACUGUAUAUAAUCUUUGUGGUCAAAUGUUACUUUUGGUUCUUUUUUUGUUUUGUUUUUUUAUUUUUCCUUUUGCGUUUGUUUCCACCCCCUGCAAAGGUUACGUUUGUGUUAAAAUGCAACAGCUCCUCUUAUGGUCACAGAAUAUGGUGCCGUCCAGUUUACUGUCCUCACUGAGUCAGAAUCUGACCGGACUCUAACCGAACAGAACCAACAUGAAGCUGAGUUAUUGUUUUCUACCAUUUUUAUUUGUCUUGUCCUGUCUUUGCUGUGGACAUUUGGACAUAAACGUCUCCGGUCUCUGAGGCGUCUCUGUCUCUUGCUGUUUAACACAAAAAGAAAUGGUGGGCAUGAGCCCCAACAGCCAAUCAGCAUCCAGCUGGCCAAAUCAGGCUCAGAUGAUUGGCCGAUGAGAACUCUGUGAAGCUUUUUACUGUAUGCAGAAUGGAAAUAAAUAAAUGUUUGUUAUUAUGACUA